GUCAGGAGGACGGAGCAGGGCCCGGGGCCCCAUCAUGGAGCCUCCACUUCUCUCACUGAUACAUGAGGAGAAGAUCCUAGAACUCACCCACAGGAUCACAGAGCUGCUGACUAGAGAGGUUCCUAUAAGGUGUCAGGAUGUGGCGGUCUAUUUCUCCAUGGAGGAGUGGGAGUAUGUAGAAGGACACAAGGAUCUGUACCAGGACAUAGUCAUGAUGGAGGAUCACCGGCCCCUCACAUCACAAGAUGGAGUCAUUGAUAGAAAUCCAUCCGAGAGGUGUCCCCGUCCUCUGUAUUCCCAGGACUGUCCAGAGGGAAAUGUCCCAGAGGAGCAUCAGGGGGGAGAUCUGACUAUUAUUAAAGUGGAGGUUGAAGAAGAGUGGAUCGGGGGCCAUCACCCGUGUAUGAGGGAAGUGAAGGAGGAAAUUCCAGGAGGUGUUACCCCAGGAAAUCCCAGUAAGAAUUCUGAGGGAAACUUCAUGUUAUCCCUGAAUAAUAAAGGAGAUUUAGAGAUCAUGGAGCGCUCCUCAGGAGAAGAUGGAGAGAUCAUGAGGCGCUCCUCAGGAGAAGAUGGAGAGAUCAUGAGGCGCUCCUCAGGAGAAGAUGGAGAGAUCAUGAGGCGCUCCUCAGGAGAAGAUGGAGAGAUCAUGAGGCGCUCCUCAGGAGAAAACCUCCUUACCCUGAAAGUCCAUCCCGAUCUAUUAUAUAAUAAUCCCCCUGAUCAUGAGAAACCUUCUUCUCACCAACCACACAUUGUUACCACAAGGACAGAUCAAAAAGGAGGGAAAAGGAUUCAAUGUGAUGAAUGUGGGAAAUGGUUUACAAAAGGUUCAAGUCUUCUUACACACAAAAGAAUUCACACAGGAGAGAAGCCGUAUUCAUGUGCAGAAUGUGGGAAAGGUUUUACAAGUAAAACACAACGUGUUAUACAUGAGAGAAUUCACACAGGGGAGAAGCCAUAUGCAUGCGCAGAAUGUGGAAAAUGUUUUACACAAAAAUCAAGUCUUAUUAUGCAUGAGAGAGGUCACACAGGAGUGAAGCCUUAUUCAUGUUCGGAAUGUGAAAAAAGUUUUACAAGUAAAGCACAACUUGUUAUACAUGAGAGAAUUCACACAGGAGAGAAGCCAUAUUCAUGUUCAGAAUGUGGGAAAUGUUUUAAAAGAAAAUCCUAUCUUGUUGGGCAUGAGAGAAGUCACAGAGGGGAGAAUCCUUAUUCAUGUGCAGAAUGUGGGAAAUGUUUUAUACGAAAAUCACAUCUGGUUAGACAUGAGAGAAGUCACACAGGCGAGAAGCCCUAUGCAUGUACAGAAUGUGGGAAAUGUUUUAUACGGAAAUCACAUCUUGUUACACACGAGAGAAUUCACACUGGAGUCAAUACAUAUUCAUGUUCAGAAUGUGGAAAAAGUUUUGUAACUAAAUUAAAUCUUGUUACACAUGAGAAAAUUCACACAGGAGAGAAGCCGUAUUCAUGUUCAGGAUGUGGGAAAUGUUUUAUACGUAAAUCACAGCUUGUUUUACACGAGAGAAUUCACACAGGAGAGAAGCCGUAUUCCUGUUCCGAAUGUGGGAAAUGUUUCACAAGUAAAUCAAACCUUGCUAUACAUAAGAGAAGUCACACAGGCGAGAGACCGUAUUCAUGUUCAGAAUGUGGGAAAUGUUUUGCAAGUAAAACAAAUCUUGUCAUGCAUAUGAGAAGUCACGCAGGAGAGAAGCCGUAUUCACGUUUCAUAUCCAAAUCACAACUUUCCGAACAUGAGAAAAGUCACUUAGGAGACUGAUUGGUAAAAAUAUUUAAUCGUAAAAACAUAAUAUGGAGAAUGGAAUUAUAUUAAAUAACAGUAAA